GACACCUGGCGGGAAAGUCGCGCGAAAACUAGCUGGUUGUGCUGACAAGCUACUCCUCGUAUCUCUGGGUGAUAUUAUUAUGGUAGAUGUGCUGCUGUACGGAGAUCUGGUGGACCCUUUCUUCCCCGUGGCCCCCGAGGAAGACGACGAAUGUUUGCCCGAAGACCGAGCAACUCGAGGGUCUCCCCCUCGGACUGAAGACCACAGAGAACUGGAUGAAACGAGAAAAAAGGUGGCAGAGCUGAGUGAGCAGAACGGU